UUCCAUUACCUCUCUCAGUUCAAUCAGUCUGCAGCCCUCGAAAGCUCGAAAGCCAGAGACUUCAGCAGGAUGGCGGAAAGAGGAGGAGAACGAGGCGGCUUUGGACGUGGUUUUGGCGGCCGCGGUGGUCGUGGCGAUCGUGGACGUGGCCGCGGAGGUCGCCGUGGUGGUGGUCGCCGCGAAGAGGAGGAGAAAUGGGUUCCCGUUACCAAACUAGGGCGACUCGUUAAAGAAGGGAAGAUCAAAAGCUUGGAACACAUCUACCUUCACUCACUUCCAGUGAAGGAGCACCAGAUUAUGGAAACCCUCUUACCUGGUCUCAAGGAUGAGGUUAUGAAGAUCAUGCCUGUUCAGAAACAGACCAGAGCAGGUCAAAGAACACGUUUUAAGGCCUUUGUUGUUGUUGGUGAUGGUAAUGGCCAUGUCGGAUUGGGUGUGAAGUGUAGCAAGGAAGUUGCUACUGCUAUUCGUGGAUCCAUCAUUCUGGCGAAGCUGUCUGUGAUCCCAGUUAGGAGAGGUUACUGGGGUAACAAGAUCGGAAAGCCGCACACUGUUCCUUGUAAGGUUACUGGUAAGUGUGGUUCUGUUACGGUCCGGAUGGUGCCUGCCCCACGGGGUGCUGGUAUUGUCGCUGCUAGGGUCCCUAAGAAGGUUCUUCAGUUUGCUGGGAUAGAAGACGUGUUCACAUCUUCUCGUGGAUCGACGAAAACUCUUGGGAAUUUCGUCAAGGCUACCUUCGAUUGUCUUCUUAAGACGUAUGGUUUCCUGACUCCUGAUUUCUGGAGGGAGACACGCUUCACAAAGUCUCCUUUCCAGGAGUACACGGAUUUGUUGGCUAAGCCUACAACCAAGGCACUCAUAUUGGAGGAGGAGCAGAAGAUGGAGUAGAUGUCUCACAGAAGACGCUUA